UUCUUUUUCCAAUUUUAAGACGUCGUUUUCUUCAACAUCUCUUUUGUCAUUACCAAUUACACCGUUACUUUGAUAGAACACUUUCAAACUCCAUAUCAAACACUUGCACGUACAUUGCCGUUGUUUUGGUAUGAUCGCUGUCAACCUUAUUUGCAACUGCACCAUGAAACCAUCCCCUAAGAUUCUCAUCGGUUACAAGAAUUCAUCGUUUCUUGCAAGAUGUCACCAUACUCUUGCCAUGUCUAUGUCUAACUACUCUAACUCUUGUGACAUCAAUAUUUAUCGCAACACCAUGCAGUGUCCUUUUCACAUGCGCGAAUUCGGACGCAUAAUGCAUGGUAACCACCAAGUUUUUGGGUUACCCUCUUCGAGUUUUGGCCAAUCAAGGUCCCUUAGUUUAAGCUCAACAAAACGGGAUGCCUCUUCCAUUGCCGGAGUUGACUUAAACUUCAAGGCUCGUGACUUCUCCGGCUCGGUCGGGACACGCGUGGAUGACAACAAUGGUGAAAUGGCCUACGUUAAGGGUGGCAUGAAUGUGAAGCCAAUAGUGGUGGAAAGUGUUGAGGAAGAGUCUCGGUUAGAAGUUGGCGAGGAAGACGAGAACAUGGAGAACUCGGGUGGCGUAAAGAAUGCAGAUGAGGCUGAGAACGUACAAGAGGAAACAGAAGCGGAGAAAGAGGCAUGGAGGUUAUUGCAGGAGGCACUUGUGACGUAUUGUGACUCCCCCGUGGGGACAGUGGCAGCAAAUGAUUCGGAUAGCGAGCAACCUUUGAAUUAUGAUCAGGUUUUCAUUCGGGAUUUUAUCCCUUCGGCUCUUGCUUUCUUGCUCAAGGGAGAAAAGGACAUUGUCAAGAACUUUCUCCUUCACACCUUGCAACUCCAGAGUUGGGAGAAAACAGUGGACUGCUAUAGCCCAGGACAGGGCUUGAUGCCUGCUAGUUUCAAAGUUAAAACAUUGAAACUUGAUCAUGAAAAAACAGAAGUUUUAGAUCCUGAUUUUGGGGAGUCAGCUAUUGGUCGUGUUGCUCCUGUAGAUUCAGGAUUGUGGUGGAUCAUGCUGCUGCGGGCUUAUGGGAAGAUUACUGGGGACUACGGCUUGCAAGAAAGGUUGGAUGUUCAAACAGGCUUAAGAAUGAUCCUUAACUUGUGUUUAACGGAUGGCUUCGAUAUGUUUCCUUCCCUGUUAGUUACUGAUGGAUCUUGCAUGAUAGACAGGAGGAUGGGUAUUCAUGGCCACCCCCUUGAGAUUCAAGCUUUAUUUUACUCAGCUCUUCGCUCGGCCCGUGAGAUGGUUACUGAAGAUGAAAACUCCAAAAAUCUGGUUGGAGAAAUUAACAACAGACUCAGUGCACUAUCAUUCCACAUUAGAGAAUACUAUUGGUUGGAUAUGCGAAAGAUAAAUGAGAUAUACAGGUACAAAACAGAAGAGUACUCAUUGGAUGCCACAAACAAGUUCAACAUCUAUCCAGAUCAAAUCCCUACGUGGCUAAUGGAUUGGAUUCCAGAGGAAGGAGGAUAUCUGUUAGGGAAUCUGCAGCCAGCUCACAUGGAUUUCAGGUUUUUCAUGCUAGGAAAUCUUUGGUCUAUUGUUUCCUCUUUGGGCACCCCAAGACAGAAUAAUGCUAUUUUGAAUCUGAUAGAUGCAAAAUGGGGUGAUCUCGUGGGGGAAAUGCCUCUUAAGAUAUGUUAUCCUGCUUUGGAGCAUCAUGAAUGGCGAAUAAUUACGGGCUGCGACCCAAAGAAUACCCCUUGGUCAUAUCACAAUGGUGGGUCUUGGCCAACCCUUCUGUGGCAGUUCACACUUGCAUGCAUGAAAAUGGAGAGAACUGAACUAGCAGAGAAAGCAAUUGCCUUGGCUGAGAAAAGGCUGCCACGUGAUUCAUGGCCAGAAUAUUAUGACACACGCUCAGCAAGAUUUGUUGGCAAACAAGCCCGGCUUUAUCAAACUUGGACUUUAGCUGGUUUCCUUGCAUCUAAGAUGCUUUUGAAGAAUCCUAAACUGGCUUCCUUGUUAUGCUGGGAUGAGGAUUUGGAGAUUCUUGAGACAUGUGUUUGUUUACUUCAUAAGAGUGGCAGGAUCAAAUGCUCCCGUGAUGUUGCUAAGUCUCAGAUUCUCGUGUGAUCAGAGAGAGAGGCUCUUCUGUACAGUAGUCAAGGGUUUAGGGUAUGGUAUGAGUUUUUGAUAGGAAGCAGCAAAAAUCACAUUGGAAAAACAAUAUCUUCCAUAUUGUUUGUGACUAUGAUAAAUAAAGCUUUCCUGUUGUGAAUAUGCAAACAUGUAUAUAUUGAAUUUCUCAUUAUAGAAAGCUCCUCGGCAGCAUUUUUUUUC